UCGAUUAACAGUCAGCUGUUUACGUCUGCCAACUUUCAUCUCUAGACUCAAAUGUAAAUUUAACGAAAUUAGCAAAACAUCAUAAGUAUUAGGCGAUUUUGCGAGAUUUUUCAAUGGCAGACGAUCCAAAUAAGCCCUCUACAUCGUCGAAAACUGAAGAUGCUCCCCUGUUCCCGCCCGCAAAACCAGGAAAAAGAGUUGACUAUGGGACAAACAACACAUUGGAGCUGCUGGAGCGGAUUCCCAGCCAGGUAGUGGAUCUCAAGCUGGACGAUGUGCUGACUGCCGUCAAGGAAGUGGAUAACCUUUGCGACUAUCCGCGGUGCAAGACCAAAACCAGCCUGAUGGGCCAGGACUGCCAGCAUUGCAAGAAGAGAUUCUGCUUCAAGCACGGACUGCCAGAGGUGCACGGAUGUGGCGAGGAGAUCAAGCGGGACGAGCGCAAAAAGUUCCUGCAUCCCAAGCCGGCGAAAACCAUAAGGCAGGAGGAGGAUGUGAAGAAUGCGAAAAAGCGUCUCGAUGCCAAGUUAAAGGAAAUGCAGUUGGGUCGCACUCAAAAAGCAACAGGAGGAGGUUCCAAAAAAAAGAGCGGGAAAUAGAAAGACAUAGGAUUGUGUUAGUUUAUUAAAUCUUUAAAAAUCCAAUGUGCAACAAUGUGUUACAUUUACUUAUUCUCAAGCA